UUUCCCAGGGCGGCUGCGCUUGCGCUCAGCUGCCUGGGCGGGCUGAGAGGCGCGGGUUGAAAAGUCUCGUUCCAAGUUUGGCGAGAGGGAGAGGGAGAGAGAGGAGAGCGGCUCAGACCUCGCUACCCGCCAGCGGGGAGGAGGCACAAGAGGCGAUCGCGGCGUCUGGGGGGAGAACCCAGACGGCCAGACCGAACUCAGGCUUUUCCGAGCGAGGACUGCGUGACGUGCCUGGGAGAGGCAAGGAGCGCCUGCCGGGCUGCUCUUGACUAGCGAGAGAGAAGUCCGAGGCGGCCAAGGGGGGCGAAACGACCCGACGCAAGAUGGCGAGUAAAGAGAUGUUUGAAGAUACUGUGGAGGAGCGUGUCAUCAACGAAGAAUAUAAAAUCUGGAAGAAGAAUACACCGUUUCUGUAUGACCUGGUUAUGACCCAUGCUCUUCAGUGGCCCAGUCUUACCGUUCAGUGGCUUCCUGAAGUGACUAAACCAGAAGGAAAGGAUUAUGCCCUUCAUUGGCUAGUGCUGGGCACUCAUACAUCUGAUGAGCAGAACCAUCUGGUGGUUGCUCGAGUUCAUAUUCCCAAUGAUGAUGCACAGUUCGAUGCUUCCCAUUGUGACAGUGACAAGGGAGAAUUCGGUGGCUUUGGUUCUGUAACAGGGAAAAUUGAAUGUGAAAUUAAAAUUAACCAUGAAGGAGAAGUAAACCGUGCUCGUUAUAUGCCACAGAAUCCUCACAUCAUUGCCACAAAAACACCAUCUUCUGAUGUUUUGGUUUUUGACUAUACAAAACACCCUGCAAAACCAGAUCCAAGUGGAGAAUGUAAUCCUGAUCUUAGAUUAAGAGGUCACCAAAAGGAAGGUUAUGGUCUUUCCUGGAAUUCUAAUUUGAGUGGGCAUCUCCUGAGUGCAUCUGAUGACCAUACUGUCUGCCUGUGGGAUAUAAAUGCAGGACCAAAGGAAGGCAAAAUUGUGGAUGCUAAAGCAAUCUUUACUGGCCACUCAGCUGUUGUAGAGGAUGUGGCCUGGCAUCUGCUGCAUGAGUCCUUGUUUGGAUCUGUUGCUGAUGAUCAGAAACUUAUGAUAUGGGACACCAGAUCCAAUACCACUUCUAAGCCGAGCCAUUUGGUGGAUGCACACACUGCUGAGGUCAACUGCCUCUCAUUCAAUCCCUACAGCGAGUUCAUUCUGGCAACUGGCUCUGCAGAUAAGACUGUAGCUUUAUGGGACCUGCGUAAUCUGAAACUAAAACUCCACACCUUCGAAUCGCAUAAGGAUGAAAUUUUCCAGGUCCACUGGUCUCCACAUAAUGAAACUAUUCUGGCUUCAAGUGGUACUGAUCGCCGCCUGAAUGUGUGGGAUUUAAGUAAAAUUGGAGAAGAACAAUCAGCAGAAGAUGCAGAAGAUGGGCCUCCAGAGCUCCUGUUUAUUCAUGGAGGGCACACUGCCAAGAUUUCUGACUUCAGCUGGAAUCCCAAUGAACCUUGGGUUAUUUGCUCUGUGUCUGAAGAUAACAUCAUGCAGAUAUGGCAGAUGGCUGAAAAUAUUUACAAUGAUGAAGAGUCAGAUGUCACGGCAUCGGAACUGGAGGGGCAAGGAUCUUAAACCCAAAGUAUGAGUUGUUUUUAUUGAAUGUAUUGCUACACGAAUGCUUGAUUUGUCAAGCGCCAAAAAGGCAUUGUAUAGUAGGAAAUGUAAGUGGGAUGGCUUCUGGCAUUCUUUACCCUCUGAUUCUAGCACUUUCAAGUGAGCUGUUGCGUACUGUAUCAUAUUGUAGCUAUUAGGGGAUAAAAAGGAAUGUUGCUUAAGAACGGACAUCAUUGUUUUAAAGACACACAUUGCUGGGUAUUGCCUUUGAUUCAACUGUCAUUUUCUCAAACUUUUAAAGUGCUUGCUCAAGUUCCCAAAUAUGCGAGGAUAACUUUUACACUUUUUCCUUCCAACACUUCUUGAUUGGCUUUGCAGAAAUAAAGUUUUAAAAUAAA